UGGGUGAAGGAUGUAGUGUGACCUAGGGCAGGGAACUGGGGUGCAGGAUUUUGGGAUGUGACCUAAGGUAAGAGGGGAUUAUGAUCUCGGACAGGAGAUUGGGGUGCCAGAUAUGUGAGGGGGUAUAGGUGCAUGUGGAAUAGCAGGGCAGGAGUGUGGGACAGAGGGUUGGGGAAUGGAGGGGCUGAGGUGCCAGAGGCAGGUCUCACCUGGAAACUUACCAACCUACUUGCAGAGUUUAAAAUGUUUCUGCAUGCUCAGCCAUGUACUUGAGUGAGUGUGCUUUGUGGCUGCCUGUUGUUCAAACAGGCAGUUCCCAUUGGCCAGUGUCCGUCCAGAAAUCGGCCAAUAGGAUUGUGCUGGGGGCGGGAGCAGUGUCUGAAUCUUCCCCCCUCUCCUGGAAUCAUAAAGAGAAAGUGCCCCGCAGUUGUGUUUCUGAGCUGUGUGCGGGGCUGUGGGGAAGCAGGGGAGCCUGUCUGGGGCUCCCCAUUGCCUCCUCGGGCUAGAUCCAGUGGCCUGGCGGGCUGAAUCUGGCUAACGGGCCCGUAUUUUGCUGAGGCCUGGUCUAAAUCCUAUUUCUUUUAUAUUUUUAAAGCUUCUUCAAAUGUCAGCCCUCAGUACACAUCUUUACUUGUAAUGCCCUACAAGCAGUUUACUACAAUUUCAAUUUCUUAAGGGAUAGCUACAGAAGAAAAAGCACAGGCAUGCAAAUUCAGUUUCACAAAUAACAUUACACAUAGGACAACAGCUUGCAGUAUAUCAAAAUACAAAAGCUUCAGAGGGAUAGCUGAGUUAGUCUGUAACUGGAAAAACUUAAAAAACGAUGAAUGGUCUAGCAGUGCCUUAAAGACUAACAAAAACAUGUGGAUGAUAUCAUGCACUUUCAUGGGUACAACCCACUUCUUCAGACAAAUGUGGAAACAAAAUACAAAGUUGUUUCUGAAACUAAAAAUCUUUCAACUAGCAGCCACAAGAGGUGGCUGUUUUCCUACUUCUUUUGGCUUAACGAGUAGGUGGUGACAAACUAACUGAAAAGAAACUGAAAAUAAAAGAGUUCUGCUUUCUGUACAAUUAAAGAAAGAGACAAGACGGUAACGUACUGUAGCACGUGUUUGCUUGUUUUUAUUUAUUUUCUGUAUUUUAUCUCUUCUGUUUUUUCAAAAAAGCCAACCACUGCAUUUUAUGGUAUCCUAAGCCUGUGUUACUGGGUUAAGAAAGGUUAAAACAUUAAAUAUUGAGGGUGAAAUUCAUCCUGUGCAGAGGACUGGCAGAAGGCCUGUGCAAUGCUUAAAAAGACUAGGCCUUGGUUCAGCAAGGCACAACAGAUUAAGGAUAACUUUAAACAUGAGCAUCUAGAGAAUGCAGAGCCUUGGACCUCUGAACUGGGGUCAGUGUGGGGGAGGAAUUCAAGACAAAGACCUUAGAGCCAUCUAACAGUGCUUGGGGUGUAUACAGUUCUUUAUUCCCUGAUAUAGACAAGUUGAGAUUUUCCAUCACCAUUAAAUCUAGAGAAUUACUGUAGUUUUGUUUGUUCCUGAUGCUAACUUGUAACUAUAUCUUAAAUGAAUUAAUUUAAAAUGUGAGUUGGAGCUGUGAAAAACAUGCAAAACGGAGAGAUAUUUAUUCCCUCAGCUUCACAUCAAAAUUGUUGCAAGCAAAAGUACAGACUGUAAUUCCAAGAGUUUUAUCAUUUUGGGAAAUAAAGCAGCCAGAUACUUAGGUUUAAAAAUUGGGCCCUGAUGAUUUGUAAGAAACAGCAUUUAACUGAAUUUGUGCGCCACUGACUCUCAUUAAAUAUCUGCAAGAGGUUGGCAUUUUGUCCUCUUGACAUUUUAAGUACAAUUUGUGCUUCUAAGAGUAAUUUUGCAAUUUUGAGCCUUUGGGUUUAUCUAAUCUAUGUAUCUGGUAUUUUUAAUUAUAUAAAUAUCAGAGCUGUUAGUUGGAGGCAUGUUGCAGAGCUCUUAACAUUUCUUUUGAAGGUGACUGAUAUUCAUUCAGGCCCUCUUCUCCCCGUUCUCCCCCCCCCACCAAAAAAAAAAAACCAAGUCUGCACUCAAGCUAGGACAUCACAGCAUCAUUUGCAGGGUUCCUAAUCUCUGACAUUUGGCUCUCUGGUGCUGCUGAAAUACACAGUUUCUGUGGCUCUGUCCUCUCCUCUUAUGCUGAAUUUGGGUUCCUUUGAAGGGUGCUACUUUGUUUUUCAAAGCUGCUUACUACCACUUCAUUUUCAUGGCUGAUAAGGGGGCGCUAAAUCUUUUCUGCAUGCAAGUUCACAAUUGGAGGAAUCUAAUAUUUCUUAUUUUAAUCUUGCACUGUUUAAAUGCAGAUAAGGCAGUGCUAAAUACAGAAGCAAAAACAAAGCGGGGAAGACUCAACGGACUUUUAAAGAAUUAUUGGGUUUUUCCACUAUCUGGGUAAAGCAAUCAAGAAAUUCUCCACUAAAGAGAAGACGCGUGGGUUUUUUUUUUUUUUUUGGUGUUUUUUUUUCUUUUUUGAUUGCUAGAAUAAAAUGUUGAAGUAGCUAAAAUACCAAAUUCUAUAAACAAUUGCAACAUUUCAGUGACAAUGCUAUUGUUAUUAUAUACUUUGAACUUUGUUGGAAUUAAUUAUGCUCUCAGUGGAGAAAGAAGCAAUGAAAACACAUCUUUCUCUAUAGCAACAAAUGGACAGUUAUUUCCAUGGAAUAAUUUAAGGCUCCCUAGUUGGAUUCUUCCAGUCCAUUAUGACCUUCUAAUUCACCCAAAUCUGACUUCAUUAACAUUCAUGGGAUCUGUGAAGAUUGAAGUCACUGUGGUACAUGAAACUAGUGCCAUAGUCUUACAUAGCAAACAUAUGGAAAUCACCAGUGCAGCUAUUGAGGAGGAAACUGGAAAAACCCAAGCAGAUUUAAAACAGUUACAAGUUUUGGAAUACCCAUUCCAUGAGCAAAUUGCCUUUUUAUCUACUGAACCACUGCUGGUGGACAAGAAGUAUUUCCUUUCUAUAAACUAUAUUGCCAAUCUUUCAGAUGGUUUCUAUGGCUUUUAUAAAAGUACUUACAAAACUAAGGAUGGUCAAACAAGAUUGUUAGCUUCUACUCAUUUUGAACCUACUUCAGCCCGCAUGGCAUUUCCAUGUUUUGAUGAGCCAUCCUUUAAGGCAAAUUAUACAAUAAAGAUUCGGAGGGAUGGGCAACAUAUUGCACUAUCUAAUAUGCCAAAGGUAAAAACUCUACAUCUAGACACAAAUCUGUUUGAAGAUCACUUUGCAGAAAGUGUAAAAAUGAGCACGUACUUGGUUGCAUUUAUAGUUAGUGAUUUCCAGUCAGUCAGUGGUACAACUUCGUCUGGAAUUAAGGUAUCAGUAUAUGCUACUCCAGAGAAAUUGAAUCAAGCUCACUAUGCACUGGAAGCUGCCAUAAAGAUAUUGGAAUUCUAUGAGCAAUAUUUUGAUAUCUAUUACCCUCUUCCUAAACAAGAUCUUGUUGCUGUCCCUGACUUUCAGUCAGGAGCCAUGGAGAACUGGGGCCUGACCACCUACAGAGAGACAUCUUUGCUUUAUGAUCCUGAGACUUCUUCGGCUUCUGACAAACUUUGGGUUACCAUGGUGAUAGGACAUGAACUUGCUCAUCAGUGGUUUGGUAACCUGGUUACCAUGGAAUGGUGGAAUGACAUCUGGCUGAAUGAAGGGUUUGCUAGAUACAUGGAAUUUAUAUCUGUUGAUGCCACAUAUCCUGAGUUGCAGGUGAAUGAUUAUUUGUUAGGUACCUGCUUUGCAGCAAUGGGAAGAGACUCUAUGAACUCAUCCCGCCCCAUAUCUUCAAAAGCAGAAAACCCAACACAGAUAAAGGAAAUGUUUGAUACUGUGUCAUAUGACAAGGGGGCUUGCAUUUUGCACAUGCUGCGGAACUUUCUGACUGAAGAGGUGUUCCAGAAUGGAAUAAUUCAUUACUUAAAGAAACACAGCUAUAGGAAUGCAAAGAAUAACGAUCUGUGGAACAGUUUAGCUAAUACAUGUUCAGAAGAGGACUUUACAUCUGGUAAAUUUUGUUUCAGCAAAGGUCAGGUGGCUAAGAAUGCAUAUAGAUAUUAUGUUGAUGAACACUUUGAUAUCGCGGAGAUAAUGAACACCUGGACACUCCAGAAAGGAAUUCCAUUGAUUAUUGUUGAACAAAAUAAAAAAAGAAUCAAAAUAAGACAAGAACGUUUCUUGAAAGGCAUUUUCCCACAUGAGCCUCAGUGGUCUUCAAUGCAGAUUGGCUUCCUCUGGCAUGUUCCCUUGACCUACAUCACAAGCCACUCCAAAAGUAUUGGAAAGCAUUUAUUGAAGAACCACUCAGAUACUGUAGAACUGGAGGAAGAUAUCAGUUGGAUAAAAUUCAAUGUGGACAUGAAUGGCUAUUAUAUAGUGCAUUAUGAGGGAAAUGGAUGGGACACCAUCAUUAAACUCUUGAAUGAGAACUACACCCUCUUCAGCUACAAGGACAGAGCCAAUUUGAUCCACAAUGCAUUUCAGCUAGUCAGUGCAGGAAGGCUAUCUCUGGAUAGAGCUCUUGAUCUGACACGGUAUCUUCAACAUGAGUCCAGUAACAUAGUACUUCUGCAAGGCGUGGGUUACCUACAAGUGAUCUAUCACAUGAUGGAGAGAAGAAAUAUUUCUGAUGUCACAGAAAACCUCAAGCAUUACAUCCUGCAGCAUUUUAAGCUGGUGAUUGACAGUCAGACUUGGAGUGAUGAGGGCUCUGUUUCUGAUAGAAUGCUUCGUUCUCAUCUCCUUGAGCUUGCAUGUGACCUGGAGUAUCUUCCCUGUGUUCAAAAGGCAAAUGAGAUUUUCAGAAAGUGGAUGAUAUCUGGAGGAAAUUUAACUAAUGUUCCUUCUGAUGUCAUGGAGACUGUAUAUUCUGUUGGAUCUAAAACAGCUGAUGGCUGGAAUUUCCUUUUGGAGAGGUAUAAAGUGUCCAUGUCAGGUGCUGAACAGAGUAAGAUCUGUUCAGCUUUGGCAAGCUGCAAAGAUGAUGCAAAACUAACAAGGUUGCUGGAGCUUGCAAUGGAGGGACAUACAAUCAAGACUCAAGACCUGCCAUCAGUUAUCUAUAGUGUCAGCACAAAUCCAGCUGGACAACAACUUGCAUGGAGAUUUGUAAAGAAAAAUUGGAGCAAAAUGCUAGAAAAAUUUCCUCUGGGGUCCUUCUCAAUGAGAUCAAUUAUAGUUGGAGCAACAGCACAGUUUUCUUCAAAGCAAGAGCUGGAAGAGGUCAAGUUGUUUUUUGAAUCUGUGAAGGAGGAAGUGUCACAGCUCAGAGCACCCCAUACUGCAGUGGAGAAUAUUGAGAAGAAUAUUAAAUGGCUGGAGAGAAAUUUAGUUACAUUAAGGAAAUGGAUAUUAGAGAAUCUUUAGUAAAGCUGCUUGAGAUCAGAUGAAAGAGUGCGCUACUCCAUGCUUUAAAAUAACACAUUUAUACUCAAACUAGAUUUUUUCCCUCAAAACAUGAGCAUAAUUGCUGUAGAACUUUACUGAACAUCAGUCUUAUUGAAUUAUGCAGUUCAUUUAAUGAAAAUGUUCCUGACAUCUGAUCAUUUAUUUUUAUGAAAUGUGGGUUGCUAUGUUUACAUUGGUUUUGUGUUUGUCUUCAUAUGUGAUUCUGUUUGGAUAUUUAGGUGUUUAUGCCAAUUGAAGGAAUUGCUAUAGACUUGGAAGAGCAUGUGUGUGCAUGCACAAGUAUGUGCAUUUUUAAUUUUACAAGCGUGUAAAAUUAACUUUUGACAUCCCAGGUUCUAUCACACACGUAAUUUAUGCCUUCUGUUACUUUUCGUAACAGCUGUAAAGAACCUAGCCCUGCCACUGUGUGCAUAACUUAUUGUGAGUUAUAUUUUUUUCUGUUCUCUAAAAAAGCUUUCUUGGCAAUAAAAGAAAUGUAUACGAGAAAAUGCUGUGUAAGGUUCAUGAUGGAUGAGAACAACUUAGUUUUUUUAAAUCCUUACAAUAAGCAUAUUUCUACUCUUUUUAGACUCCUCUAACAUAGAAAUUGCCUGUCUCUUAAGUAAAUCACAAAUCAAAGACUUUUUUAGGAGACCAAAAUAUUUCACAGGUAUGGGAGAAACGUUCAGCUAUGAAACAAACAAAAUACUGUUGUGUGUUUAAAUAAUAUUGGAGACUGUGCUAUGGAACAAAUUGCUUUAUUAAAAAUCAAACCUUAAGAAUGACAUCCUUUGGGAAGCAAAUUUAGGAUCCUUUUUAAAGGCUUUUAGUUGGCAUUCUCUCUUUCAAGGCCCAAGAUUUAAUGAGUGACUCCAAACCAUACUGCUGUGCCAGGCCCACUGGAUAACAGAGAUUGUCACCCAGAUCUUCAAAGUUAUUUGGAUGCCUAUCUAUCGUUGAAAUCCAUAGUUAGGUGCCUAAAUACUUCUGGGGUUCUGGGCUUAUGUCCUGAACUGUCAUGUGCAUUCAUGGGGGAAAUUAGGAGAAGUUGUAGGUUGUGAGGAUGGGGAAUCUGCAAUUGUCUAUGAUACAGGGGACCAUGUCUUAACUUAAAACAUACGGAGAAUCAUCACUCCCGAACACUGUGUCCGCACAUCUUAUAGUUCCUACUUCUAGUGUGGCACUGGACUAUGAGCAGUAAACAGCGCUAUAGCAGUACAACUUUCAAACUUGCCCUGACUGAGCUGCGGAACUGCCAUGAGCUGGUGACUCCUGUGACUCUAAUAGAGAAGCAUUGUCUGAAUGAGUCCUCUUCUCAGAUCUGUUUUACUGGGUUUCCCUGAGGGAAGGUUGGCAUCUUUCUUUUUGUACAAAGUCAAACACAUUGUUCAUAAUUAAAA